GUCAAAUGUCAAUGCAUUCUUUUUUUUUACUUUUGCUUUUAAUCGAAUGCAAGUGAUGGCUGCCACCAUUUUCAUUGUUAUAAUUUUAUUAUUUUGUUUUUAUUCUUGUCCAUCAUCAUCAUCAUCAUCAUCACCAAUGAUGAACAAUUGGAAACGAAUUGUUGGUGGUGAACAUGUUUCGAUCGAUGUUGUUCCAUGGCAAGCAUUAAUACAACAACAUUUAUCAUUAUCGGAUGAUACUACUACUACUACAAUACAAUGUGGUGCCGUAUUAAUUGAUCCAAUGUGGAUAUUAUCAGCAUCACAUUGUAUACAACAACCAUGGUAUCGAUAUCCAAUUGAUGUUUAUUUUGGUUUGACAAAUAUAACGGCCACUAUUAUUAGACAAUCUACCAUUCGAUCUGUAAAACGUGUAUUCGAUCCAGCCAAAUAUGAUCCACAAUUAUCUGGUGAUUUAAUUCUAUUACAAUUAAAUGAAUCAAUCAUUAUUGGUGAAACCAUUCAACCAAUUUAUUUACCUGAAUCUGAUGAAAAUUUUGAUUAUCAUAUUGGUACUGUUUCUGGUUAUGGUUCAACAUUGUUUCAAAAAACAUUCAAACCGGCAAAUAUUUUGCAUAUGAUACAAGUGCCCAUUCUACCAACAUCUUCAUGUAUAGAAUUGUAUAAAAAAGCAUUCAAAGAUGGCGCCACCACUACCAAUGUUGCAAUGGAAUUUAUUCGAAAUAAAAAAUUAAUCUGUGCCGGUUAUAAACAAGGUGGUUAUGAUGCUUGUAUUGGUGAUUCUGGUGGUCCAUUAGCUGUUUGUGUAGAUGAUUGGAUGAUGACUAUGGCCAUGAAACGAUCAAUAUCGAUGAAUAGAUUAUUAUUAACACGUUUAUAUCCAAUUGAAAGACAACCACAACAACAACGACAACGACAAUGUAAUGGUAAAUGGAAAUUGGCCGGCAUCAUUUCCAUUGGUUAUCGUUGUGCUGAACCUAGUAUACCGGGUCUUUAUAUCGAUAUCACUGUUUACGCCAAUUGGAUACGAUCGAUUAUUCAUUCAUCGACGUAAUUUAUAGCAGAAUCACUCAUGAAUCAUUUCUUGUUUUGUGUUUUUUCGUUUUUCUCAUAUUGGAAACAAAUUAUGAAUUUCAUGUUUUUCACUCUAUUUUAUUUCGUUCUUUUUUUUCCACACACACACACAUACAUCAACAUGUUUGUUUUACAUUUGAAGAUUUGAUUUCACAUCAUCAUCAACAUUUUUUAUAUUGGCAAUAAAAUAAUCAUAACCAAAAAUCAUCAUCAUCAUCAUCAUCAUCAUCAUUGGCCACAAAGGAAACAUUACAUUGCACACAAAACAUUCGAAUCUUUAUUUUUGUCUUUCGACAUUUUUUGUCACACACCAUUAUUUUGUUGUUGUUGUUGUUGUUGUUGUUUAAAACCAUAUAUUCUUCACACACACACACACACACACACGUUUAUUGUGUGUUUACACAUCAAAUUCAGAAUUGUCAUCCACUUGACAAGAAUGUUUUUCACGAUUUAUCAACAACAACAACAACAACAACAAAAUAAAACAUUUGAUGAUGAUGGUAAUGAAAAAAAAAAUUCA